GUACAUGAUUUUGUUGAUUAUAGAUGUCUUAUCAAGUACAAAUUUUUUUGAAAUGCUUAUUAUGAAAGAAUAUACUAUAGUGCAUUGUUUUAUAUCAAUUAUGUAGGGUGGAAUAGUAGAAAUCUAUUCUGAUGAAUGAUAAGAAUUUAAAUUGAUCAAGAAGAUAUGGCAUACCUAACGCCAAGUUUUUUUUGUAGAGGAUAUUUGAAAUACAUACUUUUCAGUUCUCAUUUUAAUUUGCAUCACUUUCAAACUUAGAAGUCAUAUCUGAGGAUACACUGAUUGUCAAGUUUUAGCCUUAUAAUAACUGAAAGUUGUGAAUUCGUAAUCAGAGGCUGAUGAAACAGCAGCUCCUUUUUUGUAGAGAUGUGUGGUGUGUGUUGAAUAAAUGUGUUUUUACAUGGGAUUUCUGUUUUGCUGUAUAGUUUCAUAACCAGAAAUAUAAUAUAUUUUCCUUUAGUAUUGUGCAUGAGUGCAUUAGCUUUGAUUCCCUCACAGACAGUCAAUAAUCAUGCUUUAGUAACUGCUUUACAUUGCAUGAAUAUAUACCAACACAGUUUAUUUGUCAUUUGAUAUUCUGUUUGAGUUUUUUGCCUUUGCAUUUGCUUUUAAGAGGAAUAUUAUCAUUACAUGCAUGUUUGUUCCAAAAUAUUGUUACCUUGGUAUCAAUCACUUAAGAGCUUUGUUGUGUGAAAAUUUUCUGCUCUACUGUUUCUUUGCCAAAAUGAAUUCAGAAUUGUAUUUAAGAUCAGUUGAUGAGCCUAGGCUCCUCACAAGGUGUUUAUUGAGUGAGACUGGCAUGUUUGCUGUGGUGUGUGGUGCAUGUGGUGGUGUGUUCUUGCAGUGGGGAGAGUGAUUUGGAGGGCUCUCGACGCUCUUCCAUGGACCACCCACCUGCUGUACAGAUGCGGAGGCUGUCCACCUUACCCAGAGAUCCUCGAGACUCCAGAGUUGACCUGCGACGGAUGAGCCUUUACUUGGAGCCUGGUACCUGGCGGCUGCCCAGUGACCGAGCUGCACUACCUCCAUCACAUCCUCGUCGUUUCUCCAUGGGCCCAGACUCUUAUACACAACCUUACAGGAUGACAGACUCCCUCACUGAGAUCCAGGGCGACAUCCAGCGACUGGCAAACCAACAGCAGCAGAUCCAGAGCAUGAUGCACAAUGGCAUGACUCCCCAAACUAAUCAAGGGAUGCAACAACCUCCUCCUCAUGGCCAGUUUUAUCUUCAUGAUCAACAGGGCAGCCCAGUCCGGCGCAUGUGGGGCCAGCAGUCCAGUAGUGAUGGAUAUUCAUCGAUGUCCCCAGCCACCAGGCGUGCACAGUGGGGCCCAGUCAGUCAUCUGUGUCUGAGAUGGAGAAGAAGAAGGAACGGCUGAUGAUGCUGUCAAUGAAGCGCAAACAGGAACAAGAGGAGGCCAGACGAAAGAAAGAAAUGGAAGCACAAGAAAGAAAGGAAGCAGAGAAGUUGAAAGAAGAAGAAAAACAGCGGAAGAAAGAGGAAGAGAAAGCCCGACGAGAAGUAAUACUUGAAAGAUACAAGAUCAAAAAGGCCAUGGAGGAGGCAGAGAAAGAGGGUCGCUAUUAUGAACCGCCUCCUGGCUUCAACUUUGAGCCACCAAGUUCAGCUUCAGGGAAGCAGUCUGUGCGUAUGAGAAAUAAGCCGGCAGGGAGCAAACCCCGACCCAAGACAAUGGCUCAUGCACCCUCAGCUUCAGACAGUGCAGAUGGAGUCCUCUCACCUAGCCAGGGAAAGAGAGGAAGCACCCAUAACAUAGCUGGUGAAGUUGGGAGGAGAGGCGAGAGCAGCGGCCAUGGCAGCAUGAGAAAGAGCAGCGGGCGUUGGGGGUCAUCACACUCCCUCUCACGUGCAGCUGGGUCUCGUGGCUCUUCCAACAGUUUAGCUGGAGACUAUCCCAGCACGACCCGCACUCUGGAACGAGGCCACACAGGCAGACGUCCCACCUCAGUUAUUGGUUACUCCUCAAUCGCCCGUGGGGGAGAAUCCAGGAAAGAUUCACUUUAUGGGUCACAAGGAAAUGGCCUUAAUUACCAUGAAGGAUACCAUGUACACGAGGCACGUCGACCAAGCCUGGCUCUGGAAGGUUCUAGAAUGAGGCGUGGCUCAGCCUCUAGCAGCUAUGGGGGACCCUCUUCGGGAUACAGAAAAUAUCGAUCCACAGGCAAUUUGAGUG